AAUAAAAAAAAUAAAAAAAAUAAAAAAGAAAAGAAAGGAGGAAAGAGAACAUGGGGUUCGCCGGACUUCCACACAUACGCAGUCGCGGCCGUUAGUUUUUUUAACUACGCGCGCUCCUCCUUCCCGGUCUGUUUCUCAUUCGCGCACUCCUCUGUAGGGUUUUGGACUCGCAAAACUCUCAAGCAUUUCCAUCAACUGCAACUCAAAACCUUUCAAAUUUCAAUCUAAGGGAGCUCGAGAUGCUGCCGAGAUGGAGCAGAGCUGUUGCUCAGCUCUCGAGGUUGGGUACGCAGCAGAACCUGAAUCUCAGAAACGAAUUCUAUGUUGUUUCGCGCCAAAGCUAUGCCAGGGCUGCUGCGGUGGCUCCGGAUACGGCUUUUACAGUGGAAAAACCUCUCCCUGCCGAGCCAGUGGUAAAUUUGGACAAACUGUUUUGGUCUAAGCCCUCCUCAUUGGCUUUGGCCCCGGACUCCCCAUUGAGAAUUGAUGAGCCACAAUAUGGGAGGUUCAGGCGUGCGAUUCUUACGAUGUUGCUGUUUUAUAGCAAACAAAGCAAGUCUAUUCGAGGGGCCAAUGUUGUGUAUAAGCGAAUUGUUUCACAAGUUGAUAAACCGGGCAUAUAUGAAGUAUUCAAUUUGGAGAAAACCUUUAAGACAACAUUCUCUCUACUUGUACUUCAUAUGUGGCUUUGCUUACGCCGGUUGAAAGAAGAGGGAAAGGAUGGUGUUGAAUUCGGGCAAUAUAUGUAUGAGAUUUACAAUCAUGAUGUGGAACUUAGAGUAUCUAAGGCUGGGGUCAACUUACUACUGUCUAGAUGGAUGAAGGAUUUGGAGAAGAUAUUCUAUGGAAAUAUUGUUGCUUAUGAUGCUGCCGUGCUUCCAGAGGCUAAACUGGAUGAUCUCCAAAAUGUGAUAUGGAGGAAUGUCUUUUCCGACGAUGGUUCAUCACAACCAACUGGAGAUGCAUCACGAGCAGUCCAGGCAAUGGCAAGAUACAUUCGCCGGGAACUUUGUUGCCUGUCCUUAACAGAUAAAGAAGCUAUGUUUUCUGGUAAUUUCAUGUUUACUCCACUGAAGGGCGAGAAAAUGAAACCGGAGGCCUCCAAAUGAGAAUCCAUCUACUCACUUUCAAGUUUCUGUCGUUUUGGAAGAAAAAAUUUCACUCCAAUCAUAGACAUGUAAAAACGAUCACAAUAAAAUAUUUUGUAAAAUUAUCAAAAGUAACUUUUUUUUUUGUUUUUAUGUAUUUUUUCUUGAAACUGCAAUUCAAUAAUACAAAAGGAGAGGCUGUGGCGCUUUUGCUCUGGUUUUUCGAACA